CUAGUCGAUGUUUGAAAAUCGGAAAACAUCUACUUCCGUCUUUAAAAAAAAAUGUUGAGAUUUCUUUUUUGCCUUCUUCUUUUUCACAAGGCCUCUUCCGAAUAUGGAGUUUUAUUUGCAGAAUCAGCUAACAAAGGCGAAACCGAUCAGUUUUGUAUUGGAUACAAUCUGAUGUUUCACAAUCUUCCAUCAACAUUGAGCCAACAGUUAUCUCAUCAUCUGAUAGACAGGGUCGAUACACUAGGAUGUAGUGACAACUACACUGAUCACAUUGCUGACACGGUUGUGGCGGUGUCACGUGGGAACUGCUCGUUUGUGGAGAAAGGUGUCUUCGUGGAAGAUCAUCGUGCAUUUGCUGUUCUCGUUGUUUCACUUCAAAAUGGAACCCAGCUGAUUGUUCCUGGCAUCAAUGAAUCGAACCCAGCCGAAUACAAUGAAGUCAACAUCACCAUUGCCUUUAUUUUGUACUCGGACUACCAGAAAAUUAAGGAUCUUGGGAAAUCUGUCCGUGUGUCCAUGUAUGCCCCUGAUCCCCCGCGAGUCGACCCCAACAUGGCCCUCAUUUUCGCCAUCGCCUUGUUCUGUAUCAUUGUCGGCCCGUACUGGUCGGGCUUGGAAAGACAGUCUGAUUACGCCUCAAAGAAUCGUUCGGGGAAUAUAUCGGUGUGUAUUCGUGUGUAUUCAUUCUUCAUUGUAUGCAUUCUUCUGUACUUCUACGAUUACCUGGUGUAUGUUGUGAUUGGUCUGUUUUGUCUCGCCGGGGCAUAUGGGUUAUACUGCUGUGCUGAACCACUGUGGGGACGAGUCAUCCGAUAUGAUAAAAAGAUUCCACCCAAUAGGAUACCAUUUUUCUCGAGUCAGCCCAAACUGCGCGACUUGGUUCUGAUAGCUGUUAGCCUGGCAGUAGCUAUAUUCUGGGUUGUUGAGAGGAAAGCAAGCUAUGCCUGGGUCUUGCAGGAUAUUCUCGGGCUUGCCUUUUGUGUGAACAUGCUGAAAACCAUUCUGUUGCCAAGCUUCAGGGGCUGCACAAUACUGCUGGUUGUUCUCUUCUUCUAUGAUAUCUUCUUUGUGUUCAUCACUCCGUACAUCACAAAGAGUGGAGAUAGUAUAAUGGUUGAUGUUGCUACAGGAGGGAAAAGCCAUUCCGGGGAACAGCUUCCGAUGGUAUUCAAGGUUCCCAGACUUCUGUGGUCCCCCCUCAACGUGUGCAGUGCAUCUUCGUAUUCCUUGUUGGGAUUCGGGGACAUCAUUUUACCAGGCCUUCUGGUGUCAUAUAAUCACAGAUUUGAUAUAACAGUGGGCAGCAGAAAGAUUUAUUUCAUAGCAUCAGUUAUUGCUUACACUAUAGGUCUUGUUCUGACCUAUAUAGCGUUGGCCCUGAUGAACAAGGGCCAACCAGCAUUGCUGUACCUCGUGCCUUGCACUUUAAUAGCAACCGCUGUGAUUGGCUGGUGUCGUGGAGAACUCAGACACUUGUGGCUGGGCAAGGAAGAAAGGAGAGAGAUAAGUGAACCUAAAACAAAUGAUGACGAAAAUCCGAAUCUUCCCCGAUUGACGAACAUUGCUGCGGAGUCGGAGGUGUCGAGUUUAUCAAGCACGGAAGGAGAGAGGAAAGGACUCAUUAAUGCUUAGUUCAGUUCGUUUAGUUUAUGGCUGCUUUAACAUGGACAUUUUCAAUCUCGGUGGAACGAAAGUAACUAUGGCAGUUCCAGAACUGGUGUAUAGACUGGAAGAUUCAGUGAGACGACCCCCUCUCAUCUCCCCCUACCCCCCAACCAUUAUUCCCCUUACCAACCACAAUUUUCAAUCUCGGUGGAACGGAAGUAACUACGGCAAUUCCAGAAUUGGUGUAUAGACUGGAAGAUUCAGUGAGACAACGUCUCCCCCCACCCCCCAACCAUUAUUCCCCUUAUUUUGAUAAUAAGUGGUUUUAACAAAUAUUUCAGUGCAUCCAUAAAUGAUAUGCUAUCAAGUUAUUCACUAUUCAAACAGCAUCAAAUUUGCUUCUUUGUUUUUUUUUGAAGGGGCAGUCUCCUUCAAAACCAACCACAAUUGAAGUGGAUUUGCCAGAGGGGGUGAGGGACUCAUUAAUGCUUAAUUAAGUUUGUUUAGUUUGUGGCUGCUUAACAUGGACAUUUUCAAUCUCGGUGGAACGGAAGUAACUAUGGCAGUUCCAGAACUAGUGUAUAGACUGGAAGAUUCAGUGAGACAACCCCCCUUCACCCCAACCCCCCCAGUAUUCCUCUUAUUUUUAUAUUAAGGUGGUUUUAAGAAAUAUUUCAGUGCAUUCAUAAAUGAUAUGCUAUUAAGUUAUUUACUAUUCAAACAGCCUCAGAUUUUCAGUUUCUUUGGAAGGGGCAGCUCCUUCCAAACCAACCACAAUUGAACUUGCAUUGCCAGUGGAGGGGGGGGGGGGGGGGGGGGGGGGGCAGGACAUCCUUCCCCAAUCACACCUCAUGUUUUUUUCCACCACCACCUUUUAUAUUUCCCUGUCAUCCCAUAACACAACUCGUUUACAGUGAGUGGAAGAAGGAAGCCGAAAAUAAAGGAAGGAAGUGUUUUAUUUAACGACACACUCAACACAUUUUAUUUACGGUUAUAUGGCGUCGGACAUAUGGUUAAAGACCACAGAGAUAUUGAGAGAGAGGAAACCCACUG